CUCCUUUAUGGAAAAAAAAAUAUUUUCUAACCCAUCUGAACUCACCUAUUUUUGUUGUCAUACCCUUCUAAGAUACCCCGGUCGGAGUUUUAUUGCUUCGGACUCUUCUUACUUGUCCUCAAUUGCUCCGAGAUAUUAAUACCUGCCCCUCUACCCCUCGCAGCAUUUAUCAAUUGAUCUCUGCAAAUCUCCCCCGCCGCCCAAUAUGUCUUUCUUCAUUGAAAACCCUAAUGUAGGGGAUACCAAUCAUUUGGAGGACUCGAGAAUUCGAGGAUACAACCCUCUGACACCCCCCAACCUUCUCCAACAUGAGAUUGCGAUGACAGAGACCUCCAGACAGACGGUAUUGCAAGCCCGUCAAGAGGCUAGCGCAGUUGUUCAUGGUACCGACACCGACAAGCGCCGUUUGCUGGUCGUAGUGGGACCCUGCUCGAUUCACGAUCCCGAAAUGGCCCUUGAAUACUGUGACCGUCUCUUAAAACUCAAGGAGAAAUACAAGGAUGAGCUUUUGAUUGUCAUGCGCGCCUACCUGGAGAAGCCCCGUACCACCGUUGGCUGGAAGGGUCUCAUCAACGACCCCGAUAUCGACAACAGCUUCAAGAUCAACAAGGGUCUGCGUACCUCUCGCCAACUUUUCGUCGACCUGACCAACAAGGGCAUGCCCAUUGCUAGCGAGAUGCUGGACACCAUCUCCCCGCAGUUCCUGGCUGACUGUCUCUCCGUUGGUGCGGUUGGCGCGCGGACAACUGAGUCCCAGGUCCACCGUGAGCUGGCUUCUGGUCUUUCCUUCCCCGUUGGAUUCAAGAACGGCACCGAUGGAUCUUUGGAUGUUGCAGUGGAUGCCAUUGGCUCGGUGAAGCACCCCCACCACUUCCUCUCCGUCACGAAGCCCGGUGUUGUCUCUAUCGUCGGCACCGUGGGUAACCCCGACUGCUUCGUCAUCCUCCGUGGUGGAAAGAAGGGCCCCAACUACGAUGCUCAGAGCAUCGCUGAGGCCAAGGCCAAACUUUCUGCGCAGGGCAUGGAGCCCCGUCUCAUGGUGGACUGCAGCCAUGGUAACUCGCAGAAGAACCAUAAGAACCAGCCCAAGGUGGCUGCUGUGCUCGCGGAGCAGAUCGCUGCGGGUGAGACCGCGAUCAUGGGUGUCAUGAUUGAGAGCAACAUCAAUGAGGGUAACCAGAAGGUCCCGCCUGAGGGCAAGGCCGGUCUCAAGUACGGUGUCAGUAUCACCGAUGCUUGUAUCCACUGGGAGGACACGGAAGCUGUGCUCGAGAACCUCGCCCAGGCCGUCCGUACUCGGAAGGAGAAACUGGCCAACUAGAUCCACGCAAAAAAAAAAACUAAAACUUUCGACUUAAUCUUUUCAACUGCUUGAUUGUCCGAGCAAAGCUUAUAUUUUGAGCCAUAAUCUUCCGGUGUUGGAAAAUGGGUUGGGCCAUGAUAGCGUUCUGUGAAUAAAAGUACGAUUCGGUUUCAAUACAGGGGAUGUAUUUUACCAUUGAACCAACACUCUUCCACUGUAAAUCAA